AUGGGGAAGUGGAUCAAGUCGCUGGUGGGCCUCAAGGCGCCGUCGGCGUCCGCGGCGCCGGGGAAGGGCCGGAAGUGGAGCCGGCUGUGGCGGAGCGGGUCCUCGUCCGCGUCCAGGGACGGCGCCGGGGGCUGCGAGGCGUCCUCGACCACGUCGUCCGCCAGCGGGAUCGGCUCCGUCGUGGCCGCCGUGGCGCGCGCGCCGCCCCGGGACUUCCGCGUGAUCAGGCAGGAGUGGGCCGCCAUCCGCAUCCAGGCCGCCUUCCGUGCCCUCCUGGCGAGGCGGGCGUUGAAGGCGCUGCGGGGGAUCGUGCGGCUGCAGGCGCUGGUGCGCGGCCGGCUGGUGCGGAGGCAGCUCGCCGUCACGCUCAGCCGCAUGGAGGCGCUGCUGAGGGUGCAGGAGCGCGCCAUGGAGCGCCGGGCGCGCUGCUCUGCCGACGCGCAGUCACAGGACGCGCCCGGCGACCGCAACGGCCGCGCCGACCCUCUCAGGGAAACCGAGGAACGAUGGUGUGACAGGCAAGGUUCUGUCAACCAAGUAAAAUCAAUAAUGCACAUGAAACAUGAGGGCGCAGUGAAGAGACAAAGGGCAAUUGCUUAUGCUCAUUCUCACCAGGGUCGGAGUUCUAGAUACAGUGGAAGGUCAAGCUCCCCUGCAAGCUCUCUCAGGAACCACGAGUCUUAUAUAGAAGGAUGGAUGGCAACAAAACCCUGGGAGAGCACGCAUAUGGAGUCAAACCUCGGCGAGUCGCGUCGUCUGCAUAGCUACAAGGAGAAGAUGAACUUUGAAGAUUCCAAAUAUUCAUGUGCUGGCUCCAUCAAGAUCAGAAGAAACAACGACUCGACCAGGGUUGAAGCAAUGCCUCCUCCGGCACUCUCGGCUUCCUCCUCGGACUUUGGGUGCGACGAGAGCUCUCCGUCGACAUCUUCGGUGACCCCGGGAUACUCUACCAACACCUUGGCGUCGGAGGCAAGGUCUGACAGUGGUGCAGGGCCGGGCUACAUGAGCUUGACCAAGGCUGCCAAGGCAAGGCUGGAGUACGUCGGCGGCAGUCGGAGAGGGCCGUUCCAGCUGCAGAGGCAACGGUCUGGGGGCGUGCCGUAUUACAGCAGAAGGGUGGCGCUCUCCUCGUUGGACUCGGAGAGCAACGCCGGCUCGGAUGUCUCGGCCGCCGCAAGGAGGUUGAACAGCUUGUCUCUGAAAGGGCAGAGCAUGACCCGAAGCUUGGACAAGGAGAACUACAAUUAUUAA